UUAUUUUGUCUCUGUAUAAUAUCAAUAGAGCUGUAUAUAAAACAAUUCGAGUGCCGUGUGUGAUUCUGACGAUACGUCGCACACGAAUAUCUACCACCAACAGGACUCUUCUGCACGGAUUAAUCCAACAGACAGGUAGGAAGAAAGUGAGGAUGGGAAGAAGGUUAAAGAAGAAGAUAUGUAAAGAUUAUUUAUGUGUUGCUAUUCUCGGCUUAAUCUCGGGUUUUCUGGUAUCCAACGCGUUAAUCUUUCUGAAAUCACGAAAUCAUAGCUUGUGUCUUCCCCGUCUUUCAUCAUCUACUACGAAACAUAAACCACUCACAGAAAAACUUUUAAUAAAUACACUAGAUCCAGAUUUAAAACUUCUUUUAAUCUGUGUGAUUACUACUCGUCACCACCUCGAUACACGUGCUUUAGCAAUUCAAAAAACAUGGGCAAACAGCGUCAUCGGUGACGUCAUUUUCUUCACAGGCGGUGACAGUAAUUACACUGGUCCGCUUCCAGUUGUAGUUCUCAAUGACGUAUCAGAUGACGAAUAUCCUCCACGACACAAAUCAUUCGCCAUGUUGCAGUAUGUAUCUCAUAACUAUGGCAACCGUUACCAUUGGUUUAUGAGAGUUGAUGACGAUAUAUUUGUAUACGGGAAGCGAUUGAGUUUGUUUUUAAUGACCAUAAAUAGCAAGAAAAUGAUCUAUAUGGGUCACCCUGGUAAUGGAAGUCAGAAGGAAUUAGGUCAUCUUGGUCUCUAUAGUAAUGCCCCGUAUUGUAUGGGUGGUACUGGUAUCGUGUUAAGCAGAAUAAUGUUAAACAGUAUAGCAAGUCGGUUACCUGGAUGUUUGAAUUCUACGGUAUCCAACCAUGAAGACACGGAACUAGGAAGGUGUAUUUAUAAAUAUCAUCAAACACCUUGUACCAGGGCGACUCAGUUUGACUAUUUGUUUCAUCAGAAUUAUGACGAAAGUAGCGGCAAAUGGACAGAUUCUAUCACGUCAACGAAACAUCUAACACGUCAUCCUAUUAAAAACGUGUCCUACAUUUAUAAAAACGAUGUGACGGAAAAAUCUAACACUUUACGUCAAUUAGAAAACAAGGUUCAAACUUUAUCCCGUGAUAUUUUACAAAUGUCCAAUUUGAUAAACAAUAGGAUAUUUAAAAACAAGGAUGAUAACCUGUUAAAACUUUUAAAUCAAGACAUUCCAUGGUCUGUAAACAUCAACCAAUCAUAUUAUUCCCUCAUCGAUAAAAACUUAAAGGAGCCGGCGGUGCGACGAGGAAGACAUUUGACAAUACUGAAAUCUAGGAAAGCUUUAACUCAAUAUGUUCAGCAAAAUAAAAACCGUUAUCAUCGUCUGCGAUUGGCCUCGACGGGUUAUUUCCGUGUUGUCCCGAACCAAGGUCUACAACAUAUCAUCUUUACGAAGGAUUCUAGUGACGUCAUCAACCCAUUCUUCAGUUUACAAACAUUUGAAGGACUAAGAUUUUCAGAGUCGAACAUUAUUAGAAAUGCGACUAAGACCCCACCAGGACAUCACAUUAAAAUUAAAUAAAUACCGCAAAAAUGUCAUAUAUUGAGGGCGAAGACAAAAUGUUAUAAAAUAUAGCUUUUGAUAAAGUUUUAGAAAAGAUA